CUGACCCUCACGAUUCAGGUGCUCCCUUUAAGCUGUGCUACCUGGGCAAUAAGUGCUUCCUGCAGCCCCAGCACCGGGCCCUGUGGGUGCUGGGAGGUGUCAGAUAAGCGCUGCACACCCACAGACGGUUACAGGAAGCCCUGUAGCUCAGAGCCACAUCCGUACCCACAGCGGCACAAGAGAGGCAGAGCACGGUUUGUUUCUCGGCAAGCACGUGUAACAGUCGACAUCUGUAACAAAACACACUUAUUUUGCUGCUGUUGAACAGAAUCUCUAUUGCUUUUGGAGCCAACUCGCCCGCAAUAAGCAGACACUCCUGUGGCUCGGGCUCCUCUACGGCAGCACAGGAGGGCAGGGCCGUACCCCUGCCAUGGAAAACCGCAUUCCUUCUGCCCGUUGGUCUGUUUGCUCUGGUGCCCGGAGAUAACGCUAUUUCUGGCGUUGUUUGUGCUGCAGCAGCUGCUCAGCAGUGAAGGUGGGUGAUGGCAUUCUUCGGGUUUGGUUUUAACUCUCGCAUAAGCUCCGCCAGCUCCGUGCGCCCGCCGCGUCACACCCCAGCGCCUGUGGGCAGGAGGGGGAAGGCACAGCGCCUCUUGCGUUCCCUCCUCUUAAAAGCGCUCAAGGGAAAGAAGAGAUUUUUCUCUAUUUGUGGAAGGAAUAUCGAGCGGGCAGCAGCGGGAUGCUGUUGCUGCGCGCUACCCUGGAGAUGCACCGGGGCCAGGCAGCGUCGCACAUCCGCGGUGCUGGCACCGCCGCUGGCACGCGUUGUGAUGGACCGGGGCCACCCGCACUUUGCAGGCGGAUCUCUGCUCUGCCCUCGCUCCUACCGCCGGCCGUCUGUGGGCCGUGCGGUCCGAGCACGGAGCUGCAGGUCGGAGUUGGAUGCGGGGUGCAAGAGUGGCGUUCCCUGGGGACGGGACGCAGCGAGCAGAGCGGCAGCGAUCUUUGAGCUCUCCCCACCCCCGCGGCGCAGAGCCGUCCCAGGCAUGCCAUCCUCCCGCCCCUCCCAGCACCACCAGAAAUAGCUCGAGCCUUGGUGCCCGGCUCGCAGUGCCUCCAGCGGGCUGGCAGCUCAUCUAGGAGCCCCACGCUCCGUAUCCCUGGCGCUGGGUCCUGACCCCACGAGCACCUCCCCGAGCGCCGCGCCGCCUGCUCAUCUCCUCCAGCGCCCGAUGGCCAACAGCACUCCGCUCUGGGACAACAGCAGCCGGGCUCUGUGCCCCGUGGAUGCCGCCUUCGCGCAGCGCUUCCUGCCCGGCGUGUACCUGGUGGUGACCCCGCUGGGGCUGCUGGGGAACGUGCUGGGGCUGUGGUAUCUGCACUCUGGCCCCCACAGCCCGCUCAGCCGGCUGGUGGGCCACCUGGGCCUGGCCGACCUGCUGUACGUCUGCACGCUGCCCUUCCUCAUCAGCUACUACCUGCGGGGCCGCACCUGGGCCUUCGGGAGGGGCUGGUGCCGCCUCACCCGCGGGCUCUUCCACCUCAACCUCUACGCCAGCAUCGGUUUCCUCACCUGCAUCAGCGUGCACCGCUACCUGGGCAUCGUGCACCCGCUGCGGGCGCGGGGCCGCUGCCAGGCUGCCGUGUCUCCAGGCCGGCUCAGCGCGGCCGUGUGGCUGUGGGUCAUGGUGCAGGUGGGCCCUGACUUCGCCUUCAGCAAGAUGGACCCCAUGGGGAUGCGGUGCCACGACACGACGGGGGAUGAAAGCCUGGGUGCCUACGUGCCCUACACCGCCGCCAUCACCGUGACGGGGUUCGUCAUCCCCUUCCUCAUCAUCGUCGGGUGCUACUGCCACGUGGUGGUGGUGCUCUGCAGGAGCGACACGGUGGAGCCCGGCCUCAGAAGGAGCAGCAUCAGGCUGGUGGUGCUCGUCAUGGUCCUCUUCUCCGUCUGCUUCCUGCCCUACCACAUCUUCAGGAACCUCAACUUGCUGUCCCGAGCCUGGCAGCGGCAGGGGUCCUGCACACAGGCCAUGAAGAACAUCUACAUCUCCUACCAGGUGACCAGGGGCCUGGCCAGCUUCAAUAGCGCACUCAACCCUUUGCUCUACAUCAUGACCAGCAAAGACUGCAUGUCACGCAUGAGGAAUAUCCACCAAAGGGCCAAGGAGACCCUGGGAUCCAUCUUCACAUGGGAAUCCUCUAAGCGAGCCAACAAGAUGAGGAGCAGCAUCGUCUUUGAGUUGCAGGAGGCUUCUGAGCAGCUCUGAUCAGUGCAGCACCUCCCCGACACCUGUGCACAUCAGCUUCAGCUUUCCCCCACCUGAAGCAUGCUUUGUGGUGAGAUGAGACUGCAGUCCUCGGCUCCAGCAUGGUGCCUGGGACAGAGGGGAUCGAGGGCAGCAGGGAGUAGGCUGGGCUUGGGCUUUAGAACAGAGUAACCAGCCCAAAGUGAGGCAGAGAGCUGCUGCAUUGCGGGAUGGUGGAGAGGGGGAGUUCUGCAGGGGGAAGUGCUGUAGAAAUGGAAACAUUCACUAACAUAUCUUGAUUGAAACAUGACUAAACUGUGCCAGCAGCGGUGGUGGUUGUUUCUGGAAGCAGAUCUGCUUUGGGAUCUGGCUUAUCUUCUGCAGCCCGCCUCCUUCACAGCAGAAAAAUUUACUUUAGAAUGAUUCACUCUCUUGCAGAAGAGUGUAUAACAAGCAAACGGGCACAUUAAAGUUUCUCAGGGCUUUUUUUUUUUUAUUACUUUGCAAUGCAAAAGACCGCAGUGGCCUGAACCAUUUGCUCAGCAGGCAAUACUCCAAAGAGCUCUGAGCCACUUGGGUGGGGGCUGCAGCUCUCCGGCAUUCGGCCUCACAACGGUAUUAACAUGAGCUAUUGUCUCUUGUAAAUCUGAUGUGCAAAUGUCACCUGCAGAGAGGCAGCACUGGCUGAAGUUGUGCAGAGGUACAGUGAGCUGCCAGGGCAGGACGUGCAUCAACUUCCUUGGACGUGGGGGCAUUUUUGUUGCAGGGGAACAGCAGCUCCUGAGCAGCACUCUGCUUUUUGCUUUCGGUUCUCCCCAGCACGAGCAGCUGCAACGCAUGACCGCAGCAGUGAAACUUGAAGCAGCAGAUUUCAGAAGGGGCACAUGAGUUAGAACUGCCCCCUACCUGGAGAGCACAGCCCCACGCAGGACUGAAGUCAGAGCAAAGCCUGACCGGUACCAGCCAGCUGCUGCUUACAUGGCCCCACCUCACUGCUCCACAGAGGACACAGUGGCGAUCACAUGGGGCUAAUGCAUCGGAGGUGCAAAUAAACACUUGACAUGUUCA